AUGAUUCAGGAAACUGGCAAGACGAUUGCCGAUUCAAUUUCCGAAGUGAGAGAGGCAGUGGACUUCUGUCGAUUCUAUGCAAACGAAGCCAUUCGGCUGGAAUGUUUGCCCGAUCACUGUGCCCGUGGAGUCAUUGCCUGCAUCUCGCCUUGGAAUUUCCCACUCGCAAUUUUUACCGGUCAGAUUACCGCCUCACUUGCAGCUGGAAAUUCGGUGAUUGGAAAACCUGCUGAGCAGUCGUCGCUGACCGGUGCAAGAGCGGUAGAGCUCAUGCACCAAGUCGGUAUUCCGAAAGAUGUUGUGCAGUUUCUUCCUGGCUACGGCGAAACCGUCGGAGCGAUGCUUUCAGCGGACGAACGCAUUUCCGGAAUCUGUUUCACAGGCUCUACCGAUGCGGCUAUAGCCAUCUACCGAUCAAUGGCGAAAUCAUGCGAUAUAGAGGCGCCUCUCAUUGCUGAAACAGGAGGGCUGAACGCAAUGAUCGUGGACUCUACUGCAUUGCCGGAGCAGGCUGUCAAAGAUAUUAUCGCAUCGGCAUUUCAGAGCGCAGGACAAAGGUGUUCUGCAUUGCGUAUUCUGUAUGUACAGAACGAAAUGGAAUCGCGGCUGCUCAAAAUGCUUUUUGGUGCCAUAGAACAAUUGAGAGUAGGUGACCCAUGGGAUAUUUCAACUGAUGUCGGACCGAUCAUUGACGAACACGCACAAAGCGACCUGCUGGACUAUUGCAACAGGAUGGAAAGCGAAAACCGCCUGCUAUAUCAGCGAGAACUUUCUGCUCAUCUUGACGGCUAUUUUGUGCCUCCGAGUGUAUUUCGCGUGUCAGGAAUUGAGGAACUGGAGCGUGAGAUUUCGGACCCAUUUUGCAUGUAG